AUUUCAAUCCUACAUUACACAGACAGACGAAUGGGUAGAAGCAAGACAGGAAAUGCUUCGGAAGCAGCAGUUCAUCAUUCGGUCCUUUUCUUUCUUCUCUUCCUACUAUUUUUCAUCUUCUUCUACUAGCACUGCUGCAAUUCCUCAGCUGCUGAAGGUGGGUGAUGUAUUGAGGAGAAGUCGGAGAUUCUCCCAAGAAGAUGUGGUUGAGUACUCGAGAUUGACUCACGACGUAAAUCCAAUCCACCUGCGUCCGGAAUCGGCUCGAGAAGCAGGAUUCGAUGCCCGUCCGCUCGUCCACGGUUUGCUCGUCGCUGCUCUCUUCCCUCGCAUCAUCGCUUCUCAUUUCCCUGGAGCCGUGUAUGUUUCACAAAGCUUGCAGUUUAAAUUGCCAGUUUACAUCGAAGAUGAGGUUGUAGCCGAAGUACAAGUGACCAAUCUUAGAGAAAACAGGAAGAGAUACAUAGCCAAAUUCUCAACAAAAUGCUUCAAAAAUGGGGAGCUUAUUGUCAUCAAUGGUGAAGCUGUAGCCAUAUUGCCGACUUUGGCAAUGUUUGAAGAGAAACCUACUUGAUUGAAACUUUUAGUUGACAUUUGGCUGGUUAAGCAGAAUCAGAGAGGAAUUCCAAAAGGCAAUGGCUUGGCUGACACAAUUCCAAAAUAUGAUAGCAAUGUGACUACCAAUAUAACAUUGAAUCUAAGAUUGGGACCACAUGACAUGUUUGGGAUGAGUCCCUGACACUGCUACAAACAGAGCACGUAUUCUUCGACCAUGAGAAGCAGGCUUUUUCAGUUUGUUAGAGUUCCAACCAAAGCCAAAUGUCCUCAAUGGACUUGGUACCAGACA